AUGGCGUCUGCGGUCUUCUUCCUCGACUUGAAGGGCAAGACUCUUCUUGCUCGCAACUAUCGCGGAGAUAUCCCCAUGUCUGCAGUGGAGAAGUUUCCAAUCCUGCUUUCCGAAGCCGAAGAAGAGUCGUCUGCAGUUCCCCCUUGUUUCUCUGAUGAGGGCAUCAACUACCUCUACAUUCGCCACAAUAAUCUCUACCUCCUUGCUCUUACCAAACGCAACACGAAUGCCGCAGAGAUCCUCUUGUUCCUUCACAAGAUCGUGGAGGUCUUCACUGAGUACUUCAAAGAGCUGGAAGAGGAGUCAAUUCGAGACAACUUCGUCAUCAUCUAUGAACUGCUUGACGAGAUGAUGGACUUCGGAUACCCUCAAACCACCGAGACCAAGAUCCUCCAGGAGUACAUCACUCAAGAAUCCCACAAGCUUGAGGUACAAGCACGCCCUCCCAUUGCUGUCACCAACGCUGUCUCUUGGAGAAGCGAAGGCAUCAGAUAUCGCAAGAACGAGGUGUUUCUUGACGUCAUUGAGUCUAUUAACCUCUUGGUGUCAUCCACUGGCAACGUGCUGCGAUCUGAGAUUCUGGGCGCCAUCAAGAUGAAGUGCUAUCUUUCCGGAAUGCCAGAACUCCGACUAGGCUUGAAUGAUAAGGUCAUGUUCGAGACCACCGGAAGAUCCACACGAGGCAAGGCCGUCGAAAUGGAGGAUGUCAAGUUCCACCAGUGCGUGAGACUCUCUCGAUUCGAGAACGACCGAACCAUCAGCUUCAUCCCACCUGACGGAGAGUUCGAGUUGAUGAGUUAUCGACUCAACACCGCAGUCAAGCCAUUGAUCUGGGUCGAAUGCGUCGUGGAAUCCCACUCUGGAUCAAGAAUCGAAUACAUGUUGAAAGCCAAAGCCCAGUUCAAGCGACGAUCGACUGCUAACAACGUCGAGAUCAUCAUCCCUGUCCCGGACGAUGCCGAUACCCCGAGAUUCCGAACCAACAUUGGAUCUGUGCACUACGCGCCGGAGAAAUCUGCCAUUGUCUGGAAGAUCAAACAGUUCGGUGGCGGCAAGGAAUUCCUGAUGCGAGCGGAGCUAGGCCUUCCUAGUGUCAAGGGAGAUGACGAGCGUGGUGGCGGCAUGACCGGGGGCUUCGGCGGAAGCAUGGGAGGUAUUACAGGAGAAGGAAAGGCCAAGCGACCCAUCAACGUCAAGUUCGAAAUCCCUUACUUCACUACCAGUGGUAUCCAGGUUAGGUAUUUGAAGAUCAUUGAGCCAAAGUUGCAAUAUCCAUCCCUACCGUGGGUCCGCUACAUCACACAAUCUGGGGACAUCGCCGUCCGCCUGCCAGAUGUGCAGGGUCGUUGA